AUGGGUGGGGAAGGUGUUGUCGCUGUCGAGAUAUUGACACUAAUUGCUACAUAUCUGCAGUGGUGUGACCGCAAGCAUGAUGCGUAUCUCUAUAUUGGACUCGCACUGCGGCUGGCUAUUGCUCUUGGAUGCAACCUGCGGGAAAUCGAUCAACGCUGCCUCCCUUCCCAGAGUGCCCACAGAUUAAGGCUAUGGUGGACAGUAUAUAUGCUUGACAGGCGCCUCUCUUCAGGCCUUGGACUAGCUGCAGGGGCCGAUGAGCGACAGCUACGCACUGAACUCCCGCGAAAUGCGAUGGGAUUCCAGUCACCAAUUGCCCUUGCCAUCAAUGUUCGUAUCGCGCGUGUCACUGAUGAUAUAAUGUCAUCUCUAUAUGGCAAUAAGUCAAUCACUCAACUGGAACUGGUCCAAAAGAUUCAGCAAAUUCUCCAAGAGUUGCAUGAAACCGGCCGGUCAUUCCCCAAAUCUUUAAUGUUGGACUUCAAUCGACCUUUACAAUUGGUGACUCGUACAGGUGCAUCAUUGUACCUAAUGCUUUUCCAGUCACCCGAUCCAGCGCCUAGCAUGCUACUGCGUCUCUGUGAUACAUGUGAUGAGGCAGCUACGCGAAGUCUGGCAAUACUUGAAUCACUUCGUCGCCAGCAGACUAUUCCCCGGUACGGCUUUUUCGAUCUGGACGCAACAUUCUCCGCUGCAUUUGUGCUGGUCAUGGUGGGCUUCCUGAACAAAUCACAAAGCCAACCACCCCCAGCGCUUGAACAAGCCUUCAGAGUGCUCCAGUUUCUAUCUGAGUCUGGAAAUUCGGCUGCCAAGCGACGCCUGCAAGAUAUUGCACAGUCUUAUUCGCAUGUUUGGCCGGAUCAUGCUUUCAAUGCGAAUGUCUCACACAGCGAUACAGCCCCCCAGAACAAGACUCAGCCACCGACAGCAAGUCCAGGCUCGAGACAAGAUGCGUUGUUGACUUCCUCGGGUUCUCCACCAUAUAUGGCUGUGGCCUCGAGUAGUCAGGGCGACCAUCAAGACGAGAUCAGAUUACUUGAGCCAUGGUCUAAUAUGGAAGCACCAGAUGCGAUGUUUGAUAUGCAGGGAGAUUGGGAUCUAGAUCUUUCUGGGGAAGCAGAAGGAAUUUAUUCAAGUUUCCACAAUCCGACAUUGCCACUGACCGGGGUUGACUACAUCGACUGGUUGGAGAUUGAGAAAGUAUUCAACGGCCCAUAG